CCCAUAGAAGGGAUAGAGCGCAAGGCAACAUGUUUCCAGUGUGUUUGUGCUCCUUCGCGAGUAAAUAAACGCACUCGUUUGUCUUUCACUGUAGUUUAUUGUGUCCAGUUGCGUCCUUAAAGCUGGAGAAAUGUAGUUUCGGAGCCCCUUUGCCUGGAGGUUCUGCGGUUUAAAGGGGCAGUAAGCUGUGAUCAAAGACAUCGCCGACGGCAACUUUCUUUCUGUGGCUUUAAUUCCUCAAGAUAUGAUUUUGGAGGAUGGAAACAAACGACGACGUGCGUGUUAGAGAGCAGCUUUUCCACGACCGGGUCCGAGAGAUCAUUAUUUGUGUGCAGCUGUUUGUCUGCCUGUACAUCUUGUCCUACCUCAUUCUGACACACUUCAAGAAGAACGCAGAGUUUGUUACAGAUGAUGUUGAAGAUGCAACUGUGAAUAAAAUUGCGCUGUGGUUGUGCACGUUCACCCUGUCUGUCGCCGUGGGUGCGGUUCUUCUCCUGCCCAUUUCCAUCCUGUCCAAUGAAGUCCUGCUGACUUUUCCGGAUAACUAUUACAUGCAGUGGCUCAACGGGUCACUCAUCCAUGGUCUCUGGAACUUGGUCUUUCUCUUUUCCAACCUCUCCUUGGUCUUCCUCAUGCCCUUUGCGUACUUCUUUACAGAAUCGGAAGGUUUUGUUGGUUCCAAAAAGGGUGUCAUGGCACGGGUGUACGAGACUACCGUGAUGCUGCUUCUGCUCAGUCUGCUGGUGCUUGGCAUUGUGUGGGUGGCAUCAGCACUCCUCCACGAUAACAUAGCCAGGGAAAGUCUCUAUGAUCUGUGGGAGUAUUACCUGCCCUACCUCUAUUCCUGCAUCUCACUGUUCGGAGUGCUGCUGCUAUUAUUAUGCACUCCCUUUGGAAUGUCACGCAUGUUUAGCAUCACUGGAAGUUUAUUGGUUAAACCACGGCUGUUGGAGGACGUGGAGGAGACGAUGAACUGUGCUGUGUUUGAAGAGGCUUCUCUCUCCAGGAAACUCAAAGGUAACAGUGCCUCCUGUUGGCAGAGCCUGAAUAUGGAGGUAAUGAAGAAGCAGUUUGUGAUCAUACAGGCCAAGCGCAUGGCUCUGGAGACACGCAGGAAGGCAUCUGCAUGGCAGCGUAACUUGGGAUACCCACUGGUCAUGCUGUUGCUCUUGGCCUUAACUGUGGUCUGUGUGUUGAUGGUGUGUUUCCACGUGCUGGAACUGCUUUUUGAUGAGUCUGCCAUGCCCAGAGGAAUGGAGGACCCUCACCUGGGUUUGGCUUCCUUCUCCAUGUUUGGUUCUCUGGGGGCCGCAGUGCAAGUUGUUCUUAUCCUCUAUCUGAUGGUGUCUUCAGUGGUGGGUUUCUACAGCUCGUCUCUCUUCAGCAGGCUCCGGCCUCGAGCUCAAGACACAAACCUCACACAGAUCAUAGGUAACUGUGUGUCUCUCCUGGUGCUCAGUUCAGCUCUGCCGGUGUUCUCCCGUACUCUGGGAAUCACAAGGUUUGAUCUGCUUGGGGACUUUGGACGGUACAACUGGCUGGGAAACUUCCACAUAGUCUUCCUGUACAACGUGCUCUUUGCUGGUCUCACCUCCGCCUGCUUAAUCAACACGGUCACGUGGGCCGUGCAGAGGGAACUCAUCCGUGCCUUUGGUCUCCAUCGCCUGCCCUUUACCGUGUCCCGAUCUGCCGUCCACUUCAGGCUCCUGUUAGCAAGCGGACUCUCAAAAAUCCAAUGAUGGCGCUUUUUCUGGUCGAUUGAGGAAGUUGAGGAAGAUUUCAGACCAGCAGCAAGACCAAAUCAAUCUAUCAGCCUAUGAGUGAACAGAUCACCAGAAGGCUGGUGGAGGAAUGAGGUUUCUUGCAGUCCGGUGAAGGUCAGAGCAGCUGCCCGUGUCGUGAAAACCACAGCUUCGCCUCCGGGACCUCAGGCAUUUAAGCGUUCACUGCAGGUUUUGUUGCAGGUAUCGUGUGUGUGUUUAAUGUUGUUUCACAAACAAAUGCGUAAAGGUUUUAAAGAGGGGUCAAAGCUGCCUUCAGGUUCCUUCAAGGUCGUGUGUUUUACAUUAAUUUUUUUUGUUUGUUUUGAACAAACACCUGAAUGAAAAAUGCACACUGGCUGUCAGAGGGUCAAUCCUGACACCUAGACAUUCGCUGAAGCUAUUUUGAAGAAUGACCUCAUGAAGUGGACUGUCUGUUUCCUGUCGAGGUCUGUACGCUAGAGCUCGGCCAAGACGCCUUCCUCCCAUCCACCACUAUUUUUAGUGUGCGUCCAUCUCAUUGCUGUUCCUCACUGGGUCUUAAUGACACUUUCGGAGGAAGGCUGUUGGAGGAAGCCCAGUCUGAUGAAAGAGGGAGGACACAGGAUGCUCCUUACAUUGAAAUGAAAGCGUGAAUAGAGACUAAGGUGGUUCUUCUCGUGCAGGGUUUUCCUCAGUGUUCACAAAGAUUCAAGUUUAUGUUUAUAGUUGAGUUUCAUGUGCACCUUAAUUCAAACUUUGUCUUCAAGAUCAUUUUGUGACAAAAUCCAGGUUUUAAAAGCUGGCUUGAACCAUUGGAACUGUGAAAAUUUUUUUUUUCCCUUAAAUGUGGUAAUUAACCAUGUGCAAUAAUAUAUAUUGGGAGUGUAUUUGAUGGAACAUAAUCUUGUAUCCCAAUGUUGGUCCGAAAUAUGACAUGCAGUGUCUAGUCAGUGAAAUGCAAACUUUUUUUUUUUUUUUAAAAUGACUGAUCUACAGGGAGAAUUAGCUUGCGUUAGCGACUGUGAUGCCACUUUUCUUCUAAUAUAUGUAUUUUACAAACUAUUUAUACUGAUCACUUUUACUUCAUUUGCUGUAUCAGCAUGUUUUUAAACAAAUGUUCUACACGUAAUGGCUAGAAGGGGACAGGGUAUUGGUUUAUGGAUUUGGUUAACAUGUUCUUUAAUUUCUCUUUAUAUGGCGUGGAUGGGUGGGUUCCCUUCCGAUCAACUUUGAUCGAUGAUAAGCUCACUGUUUCCACGUUAUUGCAUGUGGGUGAUGUGGCUAUUAGAAGAUUGAAAGACAUUUUGAGCUGUCUUAAUUAGAAAUGAGGUAUAGAAAUCCAAUUAUGUGAAAUUAAAUGGCUUUUUUUUUUUUUUUUUUUUAAAUCCAAAGAAAAAACCUCUACCAAUACAGUGACGAGGGUAGAAAAAUCAUAACGAAUUUGUCAAGCACAAUUACACACUGUUUACAUUGUCUUGUCUGUCUGUCUGUCUGUUAAUGAACCUUUUGAAUCAUCCAAAAGAACAAUAAAUGUAUUUUCAUCUGUUUUUCUAAA